AUGGUGGAGCGGAAAAAUCUAGUUUUCGAUUUCGAUAUCUAUGAUAGUGCGGAAAAGUUGCGUAACUGGAUCAUACUGGACGGCAUUAAACCGAUCUUUUUUCAAAAUCUCACCGCUCUUCUAAGCCUGAUUACGCUAUCACCGAUCGACCAAGAAUACGCUGAACUUGUAAAAGAUAUCUGCUUAGCUACAGCCGCUGAACACGAAAUUCGCACUUUCAUCUACACUUGUGGCGACGACGAGAGCUCCGAUCAUCAUUUGGCGCCGGUAAUCUUACAAAAACUGCAGACUAAAAAUCCAAUACCUCUGCUCAACAUCGAUGCACUUGCACCCGUUGAACUUUACAAAGACAAAUUCAAUCUUAAUUUACUCAGCAUUGUGCAGCUCAGUCAAAAUCCAUCAAGCAAUGAUAAAGUUUUGCGCACUUUAUGGCAGCGAUUGCACCUGAAUGUACAAAGUGAUCUUGUAUUGCUUUUCGAUGAUAAAGCAAGCGAUGAAUAUGUGGCAGAAAUACUUCAACUCUGUGCUGAAAAUCGUGCCAUAAAUGUCAUUGCUUUGCAGCCACAAAUGGCAGUGAAAGAACGCAGCUACUGGACAAUGAAACUAUUUCCCGUACAGCGAACUAUCAAACUGACUUUUCCAGCAUUCUAUCGAGCCAUGUUCCCGAAACAUAUGGAAAAUAUGUAUGGCCAUGAGUUUCGUGUUUUCGGUAAUAUAUGGAUUCCACGGUUUUACGACUACAAACCGAAACGCGGGCCAGCCACAAUAAGUGGUUUCAUGGGCAGAGCUUUAGCGGAGUACGUGAAGCGCCACAAUGGCACUAUUGUUUAUUCACUCACUAAUGAGUACAAUCUUUCGCCGAGCCAAUUCGUUUCUAGAAUGAAAAACAGAACUACUGUCGUAGGCAAACUUGUUGGCAUGCAGUUUCCGCAUGAUGAUGUGGUUUUAACAAAUACCAUACAUAUCAUGGAUACAUGCCUAAUGAUACCGUUGGAAGAGGGUCUUCCUAAACUAACAUUCUACUAUGCCAUUUUAAACAAAACCCAAGUGCCGCUCAUUGAAUACUUUGUGAAAUUCUCAGUGCUCCAAGGCCUGUUCGGCAUGCCAUUUUGCACUUCACGCAUUCACAGAACCAUCGCAAUUACCAUUUCAUUUGCGGGUAUCAUUAUAGGCACCGCCUACGGCACUUACCUGCAGAGCUUUACUGUGAACGCACCAAUUGCCUCACCAAUAAAAACCAUUGAUGAUAUAUUGAAACGUGGACUGAAGAUACCUAUUUUUGCCCCUUGGAUAAAAAGUGUGAAGACCAUACCAGAAUUUGAGAGCUACACAGGAAAUUUUACUCUUUUCAACAAUCUCUCCGAAAUAUUAUCAUUGCGAGACAAAUUUGAUACGCACUAUGCAUUUCCGGUCGAAAAUAUGUGGCUUAUAUAUAAUGAGGCACAGAAGUAUUUUUCAAAACCGUUGUUUCGCCUCUCCGACAUCUGUUUAUGGAAUAAGAUGCCAAUGGCAUUGCCAUUGCCUGAAAACUCAGAAUAUCUUGCUAGUUUAGAUAUAUUUCUGGCACGACUGCAUGCUGCGGGAUUGAUAAACCACUGGUUAAAGCAUACUAUAAUAGAGUUGUUGGAGAUGGAUUUGAUUUACUUUGAAGAUCGCAAUAAGCAGCCGGAAUUCGUCCCACUGAAAUUGCAAGACUUGCGAAUGGUACUCAUAGCAAUGGGUGUUUUAGAAGCGUUAAGC